GUAGAGUGUAACCGUUUGUAUGGCUGGCAAUCUAAGUCGUAAAACGACUGUUUGGAAACACUGUAUCUCAUUCUGCAUAAUUCUAUUCGUUUCUUGUCCAUGUUUUGCCUUCUAGUGUAAGAACAUACUUUUAUUUUUAAAUUUAAUUCAUCCUGAUUGGAAUGACUGAGCAUUUACUAAGAAGAAUUUAAAGAUGCAACAUUCACACAAUCGUUCUCCGUCCGAUCCGGGACUCUGCAAGGUGGAGAGCAAUAAUAAUAAUUUACCCAUGUCCCAUGGACACACAGAGAAUCCAUUUUUGAUGUGGCUUCAUUCAUUAAGUGUCAAAUAUCUCAGCCUGUCUCCAGCCCAGAAGCUGAAAACUCUUGACACACUUCUUGGUCUUCUUGGAGCCAAGGAAUUGUGCUACCUGACAGACAUCUUACCCACUUUGUUGUAUCGUGACUUCAUUCGCCAGCUACCUACAGAGAUCGCCUUGAAAAUCCUUAUGAUGCUUGAUGAAAAAAGUCUGCUUAACUGCUGCCUUGUCUCAAAGUACUGGAAUGAGCUGAUAAACAGCUACAGUGAGGUGUGGAUUCUCAUGGCUAAACGGGUCGGGGCUCGGAUAGGGUCUGGAUUAGGGGCACCUGUUCAUGGAUACAAGUCCCUGUUCAUCAGGUCUGCAAAUCUCGUGCAGAGGAUGAAGGAUAGUUCAGCGUUCAAGGUCAUGAACUUGGAAGGUCACAGGGGUCGUGUCAUGGCCAUCACUCAGAAUAAGGACCUUAUCGCUACAGGCUCAGAUGACCACACAGUUCGGUUCUGGGACGUCCACACUGGGGACUGCAUCAAGCUAAUCCACACUCACAGCGUCUCCUUCCUCCAGUUUGACGACAUCCAUGUGUACACUGCCUCCUACGACAAUACGGCUGCAUGCUGGGACAUCGACACCGGCACUUUGGUGUGUCGCUAUGUCGGGCACAUUUCGGCCGUGUUCAGUCUGGAUUCCAGGCGAGAUCUUGAUCUCCUGGUUACUGGGUCGGCGGAUAAAACUGUCAAGGUGUGGGAACUGAGUUCUGGUGCGAUGUUGCACUCGUUGUCUGAUUGGCACAAUGACUGGAUAACAUACGUUAAGAUUCUCUCCUGUGUUGCUGAACCCCAGGCCCAACAGCAUGUGAACAGAGGUGUGCUUGAAAAGGGCACACUGCAGCUUGUGUCAGUGGAUAGGCAGGGUUGCUGCUUUUGGACUGUUAGAAACAACGAACAUGUGGACGUAAGCGUCACCCACACCGCUGACUGGUGCAUGAACGUUCAGUCCAGCACCUGUAGGUCUGCCAUUACCGUGUGUACAUGGAACAAACGCGAUAAGGCCCACUCCAUAUCGGCAUAUUCAACAGAGACCAUGGACAAUAAAUGUGUUCCCAGGCAUGUGCGGUCUUUUGUGAUGCCCAAUGACCUGCCACCAAAACAGACUGCCCUGGGCUUUGGGCAGAAGUUUGCUGUAUUUAUGGUGGAUGAGGGCUACAGCAGAGCUGUGAUAGUUGACACUCACUCAGGCCGUGUUUUGUGCUCAAUUCCUGUCCCACCUUUCAGACCGACUCAGAACGGUGCCUCUGCAGUGCUGGGUCAGUCUGACUGGCUGGAUGGAUUCACGGACAGCAAUCGUUCGGGCCUCUUCCUGGCACUGUGUCUCAAGAACAACAAUAUACUCGUGCUUAAAUGGACAGACAAACCAGGUUAAACUCUCCUUAAGACAAAUGUUAUGUCUGCCCAACUUCAGUUAUAUCUGGUUAUAAUAGAUUUAUUUGUGCCAUUUCUAUACUGCAUUUUUAGAUGUUUACAUGUUUGUGCAUUGAGGCUUCUUGAAAAGCAAUAAUGCAAACAUUGUCAAUGUGCAAGCUAGGUUUCAUAUUCUCUGUCUUUUCAAUGUAUUCAACACAUUUAAAGAGAUGGAUGUGUUGCCUAUGUAAGAAUUUGUGAAGACAUGAAGCAACUUCUUGAUAUCUCUAAAUCAGAUACUACAGCUUUACCUGCAGCCUUCAUAAUGGCAACUCCGAACAGAACAGUAUGAUAGUGUAUUAACAAAAUAACAUUUUCUAUUUCGUCCCAUUGGUGCAAAAAGGUACCAUGUGCCAUUAAAUUUUAAUAACACAUUGUUACUUGUACCUUUUUGCAC